CAGAGAGAGACACACACACUGAGGAGUGUGAGCCAGCAGUCAGCUAAUUUAUUGAUUUAUUGGAUUAUUGAUUUCUGGACACUGAAGAGCAGAAGGACCUGAGUGUGCUGGCGAUGCCCUUCCUGGAGGGAGAUCCGGGCCGAGCCGACAAAGAUGGCGGCAGGAAGGGGGAGCCUCUCUGCCACUCGGCCAGCCCCACCAGGAGCUUCUUCCACCGAGCUCCGUUCAGCCGGCCCUCCAGCCCCCGCUCCGCUCCGGCCAGGACCUCCAGCUCCAAGAUGAGUCCCACCUCCUCCAAAACCAUCUUCCCCUACCACAGCGGACCCCCCGAGCAGGACUCGCCACCCAAGUCUCCACGCAGGCUGAGCUUCAGUGGGAUCUUCAGGUCGGCCUCCAGGGAUUCAAACCAGCAGCCGUCGUCCUCCCCCGUCAGCAUCAAACUGUUCACCCGCAACAAGAGAGACAAGGCCAGAGCCCACAGCCUUUCAUCCCCCCCUCCUCCUCCUCCUCCCCCUCGUCAGGAGGAGGUGAGCGUUUUCCGUCUGGAGACGUACCUGACGGAGCCGAGGCGUCCGGAGACCAGGAGGCUGCGCUCCUUCUCCUCACCUCCGGACACCGGACAGCGCUCCUCCUCCUCCUGCUUCCAGCUGCCCCCUGUGGCGCCUCCUCUUCCUGUCAGGAGGCUGGUGGAGGUUGCAGACGGCAUGUCGGAGCAGCCGGACCCCGAUGAUGCCGCUGAGCAGUCAGAGAGAGACAUCUACAUGCGCUUCAUGAAGUGUCACAAGUGUUACGACAUCAUCCCCACCAGCUCCAAACUGGUGGUGUUUGACACCACGCUGCAGGUAAAGAAAGCGUUCUUUGCUCUGGUGGCAAACGGAGUGAGAGCUGCUCCACUGUGGGAGAGCAAGAAACAGAGCUUUGUAGGAAUGUUGACGAUCACAGACUUCAUCAACAUCCUGACCAGAUACUACAAAUCCCCCAUGGUUCAGAUCUACGAGCUGGAGGAGCAUAAAAUCGAGUCGUGGAGAGAACUGUACCUGCAGGAGACCUUCAAGCCUCUGGUCCACAUCUCACCUGAUGCCAGUAUAUUUGAAGCUGUGUACUCGCUGAUAAAGAAUAAGAUCCAUCGUCUUCCCGUCAUCGAUCCGGUCAGCGGGAACGCUCUCUACAUUCUGACUCACAAGAGGAUCCUGAAGUUCCUGCAGCUGUUUGUGUGUGAGAUGCCCAUGCCGGCCUUCAUGAAGCAGACUCUGGAGGAGCUGGCUGUGGGGACGUACGCCAACAUCGCCUACAUCCACCCCGACACGCCGCUUAUCACGGCGCUGUCCGUCUUUACGCACCGCCGCGUCUCCGCCCUGCCCGUCGUCGACCACAACGGUAAAGUGGUGGACAUCUACUCCAAGUUUGACGUCAUCAACCUGGCGGCAGAGAAGACGUACAACAACCUGGACGUGACGGUGACGCAGGCGCUCAGACACAGAUCCCAGUACUUUGAGGGAGUCAUGAAGUGCAACAAACUGGAAACACUGGAGACCAUCGUGGACCGCAUCGUGAAGGCUGAGGUUCACAGGCUGGUUGUUGUUGACGACGAGUCUCGUAUUGUCGGCAUCGUCUCUCUGUCUGACAUCCUGCAGGCGCUGAUCCUGACCCCCGCAGGUCUGGGCAGGAAGGAGUCUCUCCCCUCUCAGCUGACCGGUUUGGACUCAACAGAGCCAGAACCGGCAUCUAACCCUGAACUAGAUCAGGAAACAGACCAGGACCAGGGACUGGAGCCUAGUACAGAGACAGAGACAGAGAGUAAAGCUGAACCGAAUCAAGACCAGGACCAGGAUCAGGUACUGGAGCCUAGUACAAGCACAAAGACGGAUAGUGAAGCUGAACCAGAUCAAGCCCGGGACCAGGACUGGGGACUGGAGCCUUGUAAAGAGAUUGAGAGUAAAGCCGAGGCAGGUAAGGACCAGGACCAGGACCAUGGACUAGAGCUUAGUACAGACACAGAGAGUAAAGAUGAACCAGAUCAAGACCAGGACCAGGGACUGGAGCCUAGAACAGAGAGAGAGACAGAAAGUAAGCCUGAACCAGAUCAGGACCCGGAGCCAGAUAAAGAAACAGAGACAGGCCAGCAGAGGGAGACAGAGGGAGAGGGAGACAUCGAGGUGAGACAGACAGAGAGUGAGACAGGUGGACCGACAGCAGAGAGACAGACAGAGAGUGAGACAGGUGGAAUCCUGUCGUCCUGCCUGUGA